AUGGCUCCUACUGUGACCAUUGAAGACCUCCGCGCUGAGAUCAGUGGCCUCCCCAAGGUUGAAAACAAGCCGAUGGAUUGGAAGAUGGCCUUGGCCAUAGGGCUGCCUACGUUCUUUGGCGUUAUCGAUAUCCUCGGUGUUGUCGUAUGGUCCGUCUGGCACAAAAUGCCACGCGAUCAUCCUGUCAAUGCCAUACUGUGGAUGUACCAUCGACAGAUGAAGCAGUAUGGCAAAGACAUGAAGAAGUACGAAAAGGAGAAGCGGAGACUAGAAAAGAAGAGAAAAUGGAGUUGGCCUUGGGGGAUCAAGAACUAUGUCCUUGGGGAGAUCUUGUUUUGGAUCAAUGCAGGUGCUGACAUCGUCCAUCCAGCGUCCAUGGAGCUAGAGGAGAUGGGAUCUAGUGACAUGCAGCCCACAAGCUCUCUGGAGUACCUGGAGCCCGUCCACCCCCCGACUGCCCAUACUACACGAUGA